AGUGUAGACGGAGCGUUUGCUCACUAACUGUCAUUACUUGAUUCGUCUUGCAUCUGUAUAACAGACGGAGCCGCAAAGCGGUUCCCCUUUCGGUCACGUACUGGGCGACCCUAACUGUAGGAUCCUCCAACAAGCCGCGAUGCCCUGCAUAUCUCAAGAGAGACAGAAUGUCACCGUGGUGAAUGAAUCCUUGACUCCCCCCGCCAUAUGUUGUAACCCCAGCUUCGAUCAUGGUGAAGGCAAGAAAGGCAAGGAGAAGGCUUCGAAUGGACGGGCUGACCUAAUUCCAAUGCAGUUUACGGUGGUGCAGCGCAUAUUGACACUAACCAGAGACACGACACCGGUAUGCUCACCGCGGUGGAAGUCUCCUUGGAAACAAUGCUGGUCUCCUAUGUACUUUCGAGCCUGCAUGUCCCUCCAGGGCUGGGGGAGCCGCAAUCGAGAGACCCACAUCGGAGCCGCAGUCGUUCACUAG